UGAAAAGAAAAUGAGAGAAAUAGAUUGAGCCCUAUCUCCGGGUUCGUUUGCCAGCCAGCGAAGUCACCUUGGUGGUGGGGUUGUUGUGAGCGAUCUUCUGCCUGUAGGAGAUCAGGUAGUGCUCGUGUCUCCAAAUCCAAUGCACUGUACUGUACUGCUGAAUCGAGAGAACAACAUGCAUUGUAAGUUAGACGUUUGAGAUUCAGAGAAAUUAAUUUUCUCGAAAUUCAGAGCAUUACGAUCCUUACCAUAUCUCAAUUCUGAUUUCUGAGUGUAAAUACCCUUUUUGUCUCCCUCUCGAGUAAUCAUCGUCAAACGCUAGUGUAGUGAUAGGAGUGAAUUUGAAUAGAAAUUUGAAGAAUUGGGAGGGAAAAUGGCCGCGAGGCAAAUGGAAGAGGUACAGAAGAAAUUGACGAUGCUGAAUUACCCCAGAGCCAAUGCUCCUGCUCAGUCCCUCCUUUUUGCUGGGAUGGAGCGUUAUGCCUUGUUGGAGUGGCUCUUCUCCCGGCUGUUAGGUGAUAAGUCACCCUUCUCUCAACAAAACUUACAAGGGGAUGUUCUGGUUCGUGAUGACGAGACUGCUCGUAUUCAGUAUUUGGCUGAGAUAGCCAAGUUUUUAGGUAUCACGACUACCAUAGAUACGGAAGCCAUUCAAGGACGUGGAAGCUAUGAAGACCGGACUGAAAUGCUUCGACUUAUUGUUGAUCUGGUGGAAGCUAGCAUUUAUGCUGAUACUCCAGAAUGGAGUGUGGACGACCAAGUAGCUAAAGACAUUCAAUUGAUAGACUGCAUUGCUGAAAAGCAAGCUCAAAUUUUUUCUGAGGAAUGCAAAUUGUUUCCUGCUGAUGUUCAGAUUCAAUCCAUUUAUCCAUUACCAGAUGUUUCUGAGCUGGAGGCAAAGCUUUCUGAACAAUCAAAAAUAUUAUUGAAUCUUCAGCAGAAAGUUGAUGAUUUGGCAUCAAAGCAUGCUUACAAUCCAGACGAGGAGUACACUGAGGUUGAAGCCCAACUGAGGGCACAUUUGGAAUCUUUCCUGGAAACUGCGAGGACGUUCAACAUGAUUUACACAAAGGAAAUUCGCCCAUGGACGCACAUGAUGGAGGUGCCCCAACUACAUGGGUUUGGACCAGCUGCCAAUCGUUUACUGGAGGCCUAUAAGAUGCUUUUGAAGUUUCUGAGCAGCCUGAGGAAUCUUAGAGACUCACAUGCAGCUCUUGCUGUUGGAUCUUCUGAGACAACCGGAGAGCCUUCUUCUGUUACAAGAAUAAUAUCUGAAUGUGAAUCUGCAUUAACAGUACUAAAUCGGGAUCUUGGAAUUCUCUCAGCUUCCAUUGAUCGUGAACGUGGAGGAAAGAUGAGUAUGUGACGAAGCAGUGCGAGAUAUGAGCGAUCAAGCAGCCUGGAAGUGAGAUUCAACUUCGGAAUAUUUUUUUAUGUGACAUAGUAAAUUGAUUCGGUUGGCUGGACUCAUUGUCUUGUGACAAUAGCAUGCAAGCCUUGUAUCACUACUAUGAGGGUCUAAAUAUCAAUUUGCUGUUUGAAAA